GGUUCGGCCACACCUUAUCGAGCUAGCAUUCAACUUCAUUAGACAUCUGUUCAAAAAUUAAUUGAAAAAUGAGCAACGAAGCAGCUAAAGCCCAGAUCGCCCAAGAAAAAAUUGUCGCCCAGUUCCAACAGCUGCGGAAUGAACAAAGAAACCUGGCCAACAGCCUCAAUACGCUGGAAAUGGAUCUGCGCGAACACAAAACUGUGAUAGAAACACUGAAUGCAGUGGACCCUGACCGCAAGUGCUUCCGCCUCAUCGGUGGCGUGCUGUGCGAGCGCACCGUUAAAGACGUCCUGCCUCAGCUGAUGGAAAACAAGGAAUUCAUUGCGAAGACCAUCGCGACUGUCACAGCUGAUCUGAGCAAAAAAGGCGUGGAGCUGAACAAAUUCAAGGAGGAGCACAACAUAAAAAUACGCGGAGAACAAAUAGGAACCGACGCCGCCAAGUCGGCGGACACGGAAAACGCCAGCAAAUCGGAAAACCGAAACGUGCUGGUCUCCUAAUCGAAGCCAAGAAAUAAACACCAAACAGCAGACGAGAUGUACGAGGAGAACGAAGCGUAUUUAUUGUGUCCAUUGAGGUUCUUUGUGCGGCGGCACUACAAUAAUGAAUGCAUUGAUUAUGAUUCUAAUGUUAUAUGUAAUUUUAGCUAUAAGGCGCCGUUACACACGCAAAUGUCAAUCAUCCAUGUCCGAACCUACCCCAUCACCCCACUCACACCACCCACUCAUAAAUUCACACACAUUGACAUGCAUAACUCUCACCAAAUCGGCCCACAAUUAAAACGAAAAGAGCUAAUUUGAAAUGGCAAA